AUGCAGGAAGGUACGCAUUCAGAAACAUCUCUGUAUCAGUGUUCUGUUUGCGGUAAAUCAUUCUCUGACAAUGGUCGUUUUAUUAAACACAAACGCACUCAUAGAGCUACACACACACGUAUUCAUGGAGGAAAAAAGCCAUAUCGUUGUGAAGUCUGUGGUAAAUCAUUCUCUCUCAGUAAUAGCUUAACUACUCAUAAAUUCACUCAUACAGGAGAAAAACCACACCGCUGUGAAAAGUGUGGUAAAUCUUUCUCUUACAAAAGUGCCUUAACUCUGCAUAAACGUAUUCACACAGGAGAGAAACCAUAUCAAUGUGAAAUCUGUGAUAAAUUAUUCUCUGAAAAAUCUUCCUUGACUUCACACAGACAAUUCAAUGAUGCAAAAAGUAAGGCCGGUCUACGCACUUGGAUCCAGCUGUGUACAAAGGAGACACAAUCGGACACUUCUACACAGUUCACCCUCUGA